AUGGAUAUUGCCAGUCUCAUAGAAUACUCAACUUGGACUCUCCAACGUCCUUUGGCCCCAGCAAACGACCAACAUCAGAACACCGCCAACGAGCCGAACGAAACAAAUAAUAUUUCGUCGCCAACAGUUCGGACACUAAAAUACACAUUGCCUACUUGGUUUCGACAUUCCCUUGCGGUUCAUGUUGUUGACUUCAGAGCCAGUCACAACGACGAAGGAGAUAGAGGAGACAUACCAAGUGCCGUUAUCCAAUUACUGGGAACACAUCAUCUGUUGAUAGAGGAGGAACCGGACGAUUGGUAUAUUGACGAUAGGGGAGUUUUCCAGGAACGUGGGCGGGAUCAAACUGUAGUUCAGGAUACCAUCUACUGUGGGAUCUCUACUAUAGUGAAACGCAAGUCAGACGGCUGA